UCUGGGAAGGGGCUAGCCUAAUCUUCCCCAUCACCCCAUCAGCUCUGGGAAAGCAACCAGGCUGAACGUGGCUGUAUUGUCCCAGGAGAGGGGGGUGCCCGGCCCUAAUCUUCCUCUUCCCCUUUCCCCAGAGCUUCUCCUUCCAGGUCUGGUUGGGGGAGGCUGAUGAACAACAGUGAUGCUGGCCCCCGGGGAGAGCUGACCGGCUUUGGAGGGGCCAAUGUCUCCCACAUGCAUCUGCUCAGGCCUCACGUCCCUCCUCUCUCCCUUCCAGCAUCACACUGGUGCUACCAGAUUCAACUCAAACCCUCCAACUACACCUGCUUGGGGCCAGGCGAGUGGGAAGGCAGCUGCCAGAGCAACCGUCAGUCCCCCGUCAACAUCGUCACAGCCAAGACUCAGCUGGACCCAAACCUGGGGCGCUUCUCCUUCUCUGGCUACGACAGGAAGCACCAGUGGGUUGUGGAAAACAAUGGGCAUACAGUGAUGGUGUUGCUGGGAGACGAGGUCUCGAUCGCCGGAGGAGGACUGAGCACGCGGUACCGGGCCAAGCAGCUGCACCUGCACUGGUCCAGGGCGAUGGAUCAGGGCUCAGAGCACACCUUCGACGGGGAGCGCUUUGCCAUGGAGAUGCACAUAGUGCAUGAGAAAGAGAAGGCGCCAUCCAGCAAUGUGAAUGAAGAUGACAUCGCAGUGCUGGCCUUCAUGGUGGAGGCUGGAUCCAACAAUGUGAACUUCCAGCCCCUGGUGGAGGCGCUGUCGGACAUCCCCAGACCCAAUAUGAACACCACGAUGAAAAGUAGCAUCAGCCUCUUCCACCUGCUCCCGGAGGAGGAGAGUCUGAGGCACUACUUCCGCUACCUGGGCUCACUCACCACGCCGACCUGCGACGAGAAGGUGGUCUGGACCGUGUUCCAGGAGCCAAUACAGCUCCACAGGGACCAGAUCUUGGCCUUCUCCCAGAAGCUGUUCUAUGACCACGAGCAGAGCAUGAACAUGACGGACAACGUCAGGCCCGUGCAGAGCCUGGGCCAGCGCCAGGUUUUCAGGUCCAGGGCCCCAGGACCGCUGCUGUCCCAGCCUACCCUGCUGGCUCCCGCGCUCGCCUGCCUGACGGUGGGCUUCCUCCGGUGACCCUUCCCUCCUGGACACUUGACCUCUGGUCUCAGCCCUUAAGAGGGCUUGGCCUCUGUCCCUCAGGCUUCUCAGGUUGGACUUCGAUGGUGAUUAAAAUAUGGAUCUAUUUUCGGAAAAAA